UUUCAUCAACACACAACACCUAAAACUCUCACCCAUCUAUUCUUCCAUGCACUUAACUAUUAUUACCUGCCAACUUAUUAUUAGCUUUCUUUUCAUUCUUUAAAAGAAUAGAAGUAGAAAGUGUUACAAAGUCCAAAAAACCAAACUCUCUCUCUCUCUCUCUCUCCCUCUGGAAGGAUUUAAAACAAUUUAUUGUGUGUGAGGUAGCUACAAACACAAGCCAAAGGCCAUUUUACUUUGAGAGACCAAAUUGCUUGUUAAUAUGAGUUUCAGAAUUCUAGUGUGCAACGUGUUAUGGCCAAACAUGUUCAUCAUGUUAGUGCUAUUUUUUAGCACUCUGGUUUGUUCAGCUACAGCCUCUGUGAGUUAUGAUCACAGAGCUAUCAUAGUAGGUGGGAAGAGAAGGAUUUUAAUUUCUGGGUCAAUUCACUAUCCAAGAAGCACUCCCGAGAUGUGGCCUGAUCUUAUACAGAAGGCCAAAGAUGGAGGCUUGGAUGUUAUUCAGACAUAUGUGUUUUGGAAUGGACAUGAGCCUUCUCCUGGAAAAUAUUAUUUUGAGGAUAGGUAUGAUUUGGUUAAGUUCAUCAAGCUGGUACAACAAGCAGGCCUAUAUGUCCAUCUCAGAAUUGGGCCCUAUGUUUGUGCUGAAUGGAACUUUGGGGGAUUUCCUGUUUGGCUGAAAUAUGUUCCAGGCAUUGCUUUUAGAACAGACAAUGAACCUUUCAAGGGGGCAAUGCAAAAAUUCACAGAGAAGAUUGUAAGUAUGAUGAAAGCAGAAAAGUUGUUUGAAACUCAAGGAGGCCCAAUCAUUCUGUCUCAGAUUGAAAAUGAAUUUGGACCAGUGGAAUGGGAAAUUGGUGCCCCUGGUAAAGCUUAUACUAAGUGGGCAGCACAAAUGGCUGUUGCUCUUGACACUGGUGUCCCAUGGGUAAUGUGCAAGCAAGAGGAUGCCCCUGACCCUGUUAUUGAUACCUGCAACGGUUUCUACUGUGAAAACUUCAAGCCAAACAAGGACUAUAAACCAAAAAUGUGGACAGAAAACUGGACUGGUUGGUACACGGAAUUUGGUGGUGCAGUUCCUUAUAGACCAGCAGAAGACUUGGCAUUUUCAGUUGCAAGGUUCAUUCAGAACGGUGGUUCUUUCAUGAAUUAUUAUAUGUACCAUGGAGGAACUAAUUUUGGUCGGACAGCUGGUGGUCCCUUCAUUGCAACCAGCUAUGAUUAUGAUGCUCCUCUUGAUGAAUUUGGACUACCAAGGGAACCAAAAUGGGGACAUUUGAGAGACCUGCAUAAAGCCAUCAAAUUAUGUGAAUCAGCUUUAGUUUCAACAGAUCCCACUGUGACAAAACUAGGAAAUAAUCAAGAGGCUCAUGUGUUCAAGUCGAAGUCUGGUGCUUGUGCUGCCUUUCUUGCAAAUUAUGACACAUCAUCAUCUGCAAAGGUGUCCUUUGGAAAUGCACAAUAUGACCUGCCACCUUGGUCCAUCAGCAUUCUUCCUGACUGCAAAACUGCAGUUUUCAACACUGCAAGGAUUGGUGCCCAAAGCUCACAGAGGAAGAUGACGCCUGUAAAUAGUGCAUUUCCGUGGCAGUCAUACAAUGAAGAAACUGCCUCUGCUGAUGACGAUGAUGCAACUGUGAUGGAUGGGCUCUGGGAACAAGUAAAUGUAACAAGAGAUGCUACAGAUUAUUUGUGGUACAUGACAGAUGUCAAGAUAGAUUCUGAUGAAGGAUUUAUCAAGAAUGGACAAUCUCCACUUCUCACUAUAUUUUCAGCUGGCCAUGCUUUGCAUGUUUUCAUCAAUGGACAACUAUCAGGAUCUGCAUAUGGGGGACUCGAAAAUCCUAAAUUAACUUUUAGUAACAAUGUGAAUCUGAGGGUUGGCAUUAACAAGAUUUCUUUAUUAAGUGUUUCUGUGGGUCUUCCGAAUGUUGGCGUGCAUUUUGAGACAUGGAAUGCUGGGGUUUUAGGCCCAGUCACAUUGAAGGGUCUCAAUGAGGGUACAAGAGAUUUGUCGAAGCAGAAAUGGUCUUACAAGGUUGGUCUGAAAGGCGAAGCUUUAAGCCUUCAUACUGUUAGUGGGAGUUCCUCUGUUGAAUGGGAGGAAGGAUCAUUAUUGGCUACAAAACAACCCUUGACAUGGUACAAGAGUACUUUUAGUGCACCAGGAGGCAAUGACCCAUUGGCUUUGGAUAUGAAUAGCAUGGGAAAAGGUCAAAUAUGGAUAAAUGGUCAGAGCAUCGGACGCCACUGGCCUGCAUAUAUUGCACAUGGUAAUUGUGGCAGUUGUAAUUAUGCUGGAACUUAUGAUGAUAAGAAAUGCAGAGCUAAUUGUGGAGAGCCCUCCCAAAGAUGGUACCAUGUUCCACGCUCAUGGCUGAAUCCAAGCGGGAAUCUAUUGGUUGUGUUUGAAGAAUUUGGUGGUGACCCAACUGGGAUUUCAUUGGUAAAAAGAACAACAGGAAGUGUCUGUGCUGAUAUCUAUGAAGGGCAGCCAACACUGAAGAACUGGGGCAUGCUAACCUCUGGCCAAAUCAAUAGACCAAAAGCCCAUCUAUGGUGCCCACCUGGGCAGAAAAUCUCUCAAAUAAAGUUUGCUAGUUAUGGCCUGCCUCAGGGAACAUGUGGAAGCUUUAAAGAAGGGAGCUGUCAUGCUCACAAGUCCUAUAAUGCUCCACAAAGGAAUUGUAUUGGAAAGGAAUCUUGUUUAGUAACUGUAGCUCCCGAAGUCUUUGGGGGGGAUCCAUGUCCAGGAAACACGAAGAAGUAUUCACUUGAGGCCGUCUGCAGCUAAACAUAGCAGCUUCCAUUCCAUUAAGUACAGAAUAAAUGAUGAGCUAGUUGUUCAUCUUCAGUACAUAGACAUCUAUACAAACCAGAUUGUCAAGGCAACUGGUUUUACUAUGCGCGAGGACAUAUGCAUGGAGCCACGCCACAUGCCACCUGGCCAAACCAAAUGUAUUAAGUACAGAAUAAAUGAUGAGCUAGUUGUUCAUCUUCAGUACAUAGACAUCUAUACAAACCAGAUUGUCAAGGCAACUGGUUUUACUUUGCGCGAGGACAUGCAUGGAGCCACGCCACAUGCCACCUGGCCAAACCAAAUGUAGAUAGAGAAGAUGAUUCUAAACAUGCAUCAAAGAUGCUUUAGCCCUUAUGUGCAUAGGCAAGCUGUGAUUUGUCAAGUAUAGGUUCAUACGCUAUACAUAGGGUUUAUUACAACACAAGAAUCUCUACACAAGUAUGAGGGCAAGCGCUUUAACCUGCUUGCUUGUAUGGUACUUAACAUUGUAACAUUGUAGGAGAAAGCAAUUCGGUUCUUGUAACAAUAAAUUGGCAAGUAAAAAAAAAAACCCAGCUGUUGGUA